UUUCCCGCCCGACCUCGAAAUGGUUUCAUGGGCAGCCCAGACGUGCCACCACCUUGUCCCGCAUAUUCAUUAUGAAUUGAUGAAUAUCGCCUCUUCGCCUCCUUUUUCUAUCUCUAACUCUCUCUUUCUCUUUUGACCAUACCGUGUGACCGAUUGCCAUUGGCGCGCCUCUCGACCUGUUCCUCGUUGUAAAUCGAGUAAUACAGUGACCCCAACAGUCUCCAAAUUACCUACACCAGGACACUGCUGAUCGCCACCGGCCCGCCCUUGCUGCCCCCACUCGCAAGGCCUACCCAACCGACGACCAACACCCAUCCAGGUCAAGGAAUUGAAAUACCCACGUUUAAAUCACGGGAGCAGCCAUGACAACGGCAGCGGAUUACAGCGGCGGCACGGCGGAAGCUGACCACCUCUGCGUGCUGGUGCACGGGCUCUGGGGAAACCCAAACCACCUGACGUACGUGGCCAAGACGCUGCGCGAGAAGCACCCGCGCGACAAGGUGCACAUUCUCGUCGCCAAGCGCAACAGCGGCUCCUUCACCUACGACGGCAUCGAGCUCGGCGGCGAGCGCGUGUGCCGCGAGAUCGAGGAGGAGCUGCAGCUCAUUGAGCGCGCCGGCGGCAAGAUAAAGAAGCUCAGCUUCGUCGGCUACUCGCUCGGCGGCCUCGUCGCCCGCUAUGCCAUUGGCCUGCUGUUUGCCCGCGGCCUGCUCGACAAGUUCGAAUGUAUGAACUUCACUGCCUUUGCGAGCCCGUUCCUGGGCGUGCACACGCCGCGCCGCGGGUUCGGGAACCGCCUGUUCAACGUGCUGGGCGCGCGCACGCUCGCCAUGUCGGGCCGCCAGCUGUUCGGCAUCGACACGUUCCGCGACACGGGCAAGCCGCUGCUGGCGGUUCUGGCCGACCCGACGUCCAUCUUCAUGAGCGGGCUGGCGCUGUUCCGGCGUCACACGCUGUACGCCAACGCCACCAACGACCGCAGCGCCCCCUACUUCACCACCAUGAUCGCCAAGACGGACCCCUACACGGACAUGUCCAAGAUCCGCGUCAACUUCGUCAGCGGCUACGAGAACGUAGUCCUCGACCCGCUGGACCCGGUCGCCUCGCCGUCUUCGGAGGACGGAGAGAGCGGCGGCCAGUCCAAGAAAAAGGCCUCCCUCGCAGCGCGCCUGCGCGAGCGCCUCGAGCAGCUCGGGAUCGUGCUCGCCCUCGGCGUCUUCGUGCCCAUCUUCCUCGUCGCCUUCUUCACCAACUCGGGCUACCAGACCCUGUCGAGCGCGCGCCGCAUCCGCCUGCACGAGCAGGGCCGCGCCGGCAUCAACACGGAGACGUACCGCGUCGACCUGUGGAUGAAGGAGAUCCGCAGCGCUGUCGAGGGCGCCUACGAGAACCUUAACAGCGCCCAGGGCCAGGAAUACCUGCGCGCCUCUUCCUCGUCGUCGUCGUCAUCAUCAUCAUCAGAGAACGGCGACGCGAUAUUAUCGUCUGACGAGCUACUACCACCACCGCCGCCGUCGUCGUCUCAAUCCGCCACCAAAGCGGAAAGCGAAGAUGGCAAGCAGCGGGGCACCGCCGGCCGCGACAUCCUCGCCCUCGAGCGCAGACAGUCGCUCCCUACCCAGCCCACGCUCGCCCUGGCCCUUUAUCAGUUUGAGGCCAUCAAGGCCCUCGACGCUCUCGGCUGGCGCAAGUACCCCGUCUGGAUCCACAAGCACCGCCAGAGCCACGCCGCCAUUAUUGUCAGGAAGGACAAGGACUCGUGGAGCGAGGGCAAGAUUGUGCUGAGGCACUGGGUCGACGAGGAGUUUUUGCUCUGAUUGGUCUUCUCUUUUUUUUUUGGGUGGGGGGCGUUAAAAGUCUUUUUCGCUUGGUUUGGUGUUGGUAUUGGGGGAACUGGAUACAGGAGCAAUAUAUACCCCAUGGCAGGUGUUUGGUUUUGCGCGUGGGAAAUUUGCCUACCUAGAUUUUGGGGUUUACACAUACACCGGAGGGCGCUGCAUAACAUAGCAUAGAGGUUUGGGCUGGGUGUUGGUUACUCUAGGUGGGUGGAUUAGACGACUUGUUGUCGGGUACUGGAUAGGGAUGUUUAUUAGUAGAUAUCAUGGAAUUUAUUUGAAGCACGCUAUCUCAAGUGGACUUGUCGGAAGAUUUUGUUCUGGUGGUACAUGGUGACGGGAAUUAGGACAUGGUUCUGGGU